AUGGACAACAGCCCCCUGCAGGUGCUGACUAUCCCCACAGCCCCCUACCCUGACCAGCAACCAGGCACCAGUGGUUUAAGGAAGAAGGUCUAUGUCUUCCAGUCCAGGAGGAACUACCUGCAUAACUUCGUCCAGAGUAUCUUCUCCUCCAUUGACCUCCGUGACCGCCAGGGGUCCACCAUGGUGGUGGGGGGGGAUGGCCGCUUCUUCAAUCAAACGGCCAUUGAGAUCAUUGUACAGAUGGCAGCUGCCAACGGGGUGGGCCGUCUGAUCAUUGGCCAUCACGGGAUCAUGUCCACGCCAGCCAUUUCCUGUGUAAUCCGGAAAUACAAAGCAAUUGGCGGCAUCAUCCUCACAGCCAGCCAUAACUGCGGGGGACCUGAUGGAGACUUCGGUAUCAAAUUCAACACUGCCAAUGGAGGACCAGCCCAAGAGGCUGUCACAAACAAGAUCUAUCAGAUAAGCAGAACUAUUGAAGAGUUUGCCAUCUGCCCAGGGCUGCAAGUGGACCUGGCAACCCUGGGCAAACAGAUGUUCGACCUGGAGAAUAAAUUCAAACCCUUCACAGUGGAGAUAGUGGACUCUGUGGAAUCCUAUGCUAAUCUGCUGAGGAACAUCUUUGACUUUGCUGCUUUAAAGGAACUGCUGUCUGGUGAAGACCAAAUCAAGAUUCGAAUAGAUGCCAUGCACGGAGUGAUGGGUCCGUAUGUGCGGAGGAUACUGUGUGAGGAGCUGGGCUCCCCUGUUAACUCUGCCAUCAACUGUGUCCCUAUGGAGGACUUUGGGGGCCAGCACCCGGACCCCAACCUCACCUAUGCUGCAGAUCUGGUUGACACCAUGAAGGAUGGAAAAUAUGAUUUUGGUGCAGCAUUUGAUGGUGAUGGGGAUCGUAACAUGAUCCUGGGUAAGCACGGCUUCUUCGUCAACCCGUCUGACUCGGUGGCUGUGAUCGCUGCCAACAUCUUCUGCAUCCCAUACUUCCAGCAAACGGGGGUGAGAGGCUUCGCCCGCAGCAUGCCCACCAGCGCAGCCUUAGACAAAGUAGCCAAAGCAACAAAAAUAGAAAUAUAUGAAACUCCCACUGGGUGGAAGUUCUUUGGGAACCUGAUGGAUGCUGGGCGGCUGUCACUGUGUGGAGAAGAAAGUUUUGGGACAGGAGGAGACCAUAUUCGUGAGAAAGAUGGGCUUUGGGCCGUGCUGGCAUGGCUGUCCAUACUGGCCACUAGGAAGCAGAGUGUGGAGGAUAUUGCUAAGGACCACUGGCUGAAAUAUGGGCGAAACUACUACACCAGAUAUGACUAUGAGGAUGUAGACCUAGAUGCAGCCUGUGAGAUGAUGGAGGAUUUAGAGAUCAUGAUUAUGGACAAGUCAUUUGUGGGUCAGAGGUUUGCUGUGGGGGACAAAAUCUACCAAGUUGAAAAAGCUGACAACUUCGAAUACACAGACCCAGUAAACAAUGUUAUUUCCAGGAACCAGGGUCUACGGAUAAUCUUCUCUGAUGGUUCUCGGAUCAUCUAUAGACUCAGUGGAACAGGAAGUGGUGGGGCAACUGUUCGAAUCUACAUAGAUGGCUAUGAGAAAGAAAACAUUUUUCAAGACACACAGGAGAUGCUGGCAUCCCUGGCAACCAUCGCGCUGAAGAUCUCCCAGCUCCAUACGAGGACAGGUCGAAGUGGUCCAUCAGUCAUCACAUGAUUUUCUCAACAUCUUAUACCAUCAUCC